AAAUUGCAGGCCAAACAGGUGUCCCUUAAGGUGACUCCCACUCAGUCUAUAUUCACGUUCAAUGCCGGCCCCAUCGCACUGGCAGUCAAUUUCUUCACACCCAUAGACCCGACAGAUCUCAAGCGACUGUCACUCCCGGCCUCUUAUAUAUCUGUGAGCGCCUGGUCUCUGGAUUCGGCCACUCAUGAGGUUGAGGUUUAUCUCGAUAUAACUGGCGAAUGGACUUCCGGUGACUCCAAUGAAGAGGUGGUUUGGGAUAUGAAGGAAAUAAAAGGCAAUAAAUCCAUAAUUACUGGUGAUAUGAGACUCAAGAAUCAGAAACCUUUUGAGGAAAAUAACGAAUCGGCUCAAUGGGGAACAGUUAAGUUCUUCACCGAUACCACAGUCACUCAUGAGGCUAACGCAUGUCCUACUAUGCGAACAAAGUUUGUAAAGAAUGGUAAACUCGAUAAUAAGGUCGACCAGAAU